AUGUCAUCAAAGAAAUAUCGCUUCACGAAAGGCAUACAAAGAUGGUGUUCUUCCGAGAGGUGGCGUCCCGAUGGUAAAUCUCCCAUAUUUGUUCGAAAAGACACCGUGAUUAUCACCCCUCUGUAUAGUCCUCACAGACUAGCAAAUUGUUUUCAGCCAGAUGGAGAUAAAUUCAUCCCCCUCUCCCACUUUCAUGUCACCCAUCCAAUCAUUAAUGUCCUCUCUCCGUUCGCACGCCAUCCCUUACCCCUCCCUAAAUUGAUUAACAACCCCUCCAGUCCCGCUGUGAAGACCCAUCUCUCCAUCCAGGAGCAGCCUACAUAUCUUUUGGAUGGUAAUUCGUACAUGUCCCGCCCAGCACCUCGCAGAAAUAGAAAUCGCAUACACAUUAGCACGUAUUAUCUGGAGUGUAGAGAUGAGGUGGAAGAAUGGGUGGAAGAAUUGCCGGUUUCAACAAGUAGUCGGAAUGGUGUUAAGGUUGCUCUCAUUGCUGAGUAG